CCUAACCAUUCUGCUUUCCCGUUCUCUCUACAUUCUACUCAUUAACCCUAACUCCUGCAAAUAUUGCGAUCAAACAAACUCUAGGUAUUCUUGUCAGAAAACCCAGAGAGAAACCUUAGAGAUACUCUACUUCCCGAUUCCCCCUUCGGAUUUUUCAUUUGCCCUAAGUCUCGGAAAUAUUCAGACAAUCGUGAAUUAUCGGCAUUCUUUGUGAGCAAUUCCAUAGAGAAUUGAAAAGAAAGGCGGGGGAGAUAGCCUGAUUGGUUCUGAAACCCUAAAGUUACUUUACUUUCCAAGUCCCCCUUCAGAUUUUCCAUUAGCCCUAAGUUUUUGAAAUAUUGAGAUCAACCAAGAAUUUUGGGUAUUCUUUGCGAGCAGAGCCUGAAAAAAGAAAAGGAGAAAUGAAAAGAAAGGCGGGGGAGAUAGCCUGAUUGGUUCUGAAACCCUAAAGUUACUUUACUUUCCAAGUCCCCCUUCAGAUUUUCCAUUAGCCCUAAGUUUUUGAAAUAUUGAGAUCAACCAAGAAUUUUGGGUAUUCUUUGCGAGCAGAGCCUGAAAAAAGAAAAGGAGAAAUGAAAAGAAAGGCGGGGGAGAUAGCCUGAUUGGUUCUGAAACCCUAAAGUUACUUUACUUUCCAAGUCCCCCUUCAGAUUUUCCAUUAGCCCUAAGUUUUUGAAAUAUUGAGAUCAACCAAGAAUUUUGGGUAUUCUUUGCGAGCAGAGCCUGAAAAAAGAAAAGGAGAAAUGAAAAGAAAGGCAGAGGAGAGGCGGUGUGGUCAUGGAGAAAGUUGGGUGAGAGGGCCUAUGAUCGGUAAAGGAAGUUUUGGGUCCGUGUUUCUUGCCACUUUGAAGAAACCCAGGUCACGGUUCUCUUGUUUCCCUUCGGCCAUGGCUGUGAAAUCUGCAGAGGUAUCUGUUUCGGCUUCGCUUCAGAAGGAGAAAGAGGUUCUCGACAACGUCAAAGGUUGCCCUUAUGUGAUUGGCUGCUUUGGGGAAGAGAUUACGACCCAAGAUAACAGUGAGAUGGUUUACAAUUUGUUAUUGGAGUAUGCUUCUGGAGGAACCCUAGCUGAUUUAAUCGAGAAAUCUGAUGGUUGUGGGUUGCCCGAAUCCGAUGUUAAGCGCUACACCAAAUCGAUUCUCAAAGGGCUUCGUCACAUUCAUGACUGCGGUUAUGUGCACUGCGAUCUAAAGCCUGAGAAUGUUCUACUUGUUCCCACUAUUAAUUCUAGUGGUAAUUUUGUGGCAAAGAUCGGGGAUUUUGGGCUGGCGAAGAGGUCAGCACAGAGUAAGAAGAGGAGGUUCGACUUGGACCUUUACUUGAGAGGCACUCCGCUAUAUUUGGCCCCUGAAACAGUGAUUGAGAGGGUACAGGAGCCUUCCUCUGAUAUUUGGGCUCUGGGAUGUGUUGUGUGUAAGAUGCUUACUGGAAAAUCCCCUUGGGAUAGGGUGGAAGAGUUGAACACACAGGAUCUUUUACGUAUGAUUGGUGAUGGGCGUGAACUGCCUAAAAUUCCGAGUGACAUUUCUGAUGAAGCGAGGGGUUUCUUGAAGGCAUGUCUUGUGAGGAAACGCAUGUUCAGAUUCACGGCUGAGAUGCUAAUGGAUCAUACAUUUCUGGCCAGUGUAGGCGAGCAUGAUGAUGAAGUAAAGGAUAAAGGACUACUGGAUGUUCAGGAUGAAGAACUAGUGGCUGCUCCUAGUUUUUCAUGGUCCGAGACUGAUUCUGAGUUUAGUGGUUGUUCUUUUUCGGGUGAUUGGAGCUUGUAUUCUGAUGAUGCUUCAGCCUUUUCUUCUUGGCCAGAAGAAGAUGAGGAUUCAGAAGUGCAAUUCAUUGAGAGCUCUGGCAAAAAAGUCUCUCUUGUGGGUCCUUUGAACUGCCUGGCUUCAACCAUACCUAUUGGAGCUUAGCAGUGACUAUAGGAGAUUGUUGGAGCUCAGAUCUGGAAGUGCAAUCCUUUGGUAGCUCAGAUUCUGAGUUUAGUGGUUGUUCUUUUUCGGGUGAUUGGAGCUUGUAUUCUGAUGAUGCUUCAGCCUUUUCUUCUUGGCCAGAAGAAGAUGAGGAUUCAGAAGUGCAAUUCAUUGAGAGCUCUGGCAAAAAAGUCUCUCUUGUGGGUCCUUUGAACUGUCUGGCUUCAGCCAUACCUAAGCCUAUUGGAGCUUAGCAGUGACUAUAGGAGAUUGUUGGAGCUCAGAUCUGGAAGUGCAUUUCUUUGGUAGCUCAGAUAAAAGAGGGUCUCUUGUAGGCUCUUUGAACUGCCUCGCUUCAACAAUGUUUAUUGGAGCUUAGUGGUGACUAGUCAAUACGUAUGAACUUUUCAAUUGUACAUUUUAUAUGAUAUUUCUAGCUAGCUAGUUAUACUAACAUUUGGAAAGUAACAAUUCCAACAACUGUACAUUGCAUGUUCUGUCUUGCAAUAUUUUUUUGUACCAUCUCUGCCGUGACUGGCUAUAUUGGUAGAUUAGGAGCUCCCUUUACUAGAGGGUUACUAUGGAUCAACUUAACAUGUUGAAAAUUUAUGACAAAGACAUGCAAAAUUUUAUA